GGCAGCAGGAGUCACGCGUUGUUUGCCUCAGAAUGCACAGCAAAUAUGGCGGAUGAUGGAGAGUCGCUGGAGUCCUGGCUCAACAAGGCCACUAACCCUUCCAACAGACAGGAAGACUGGGAGUAUAUAAUGGGAUUCUGUGACCAAAUCAAUAAAGAGCUAGAAGGCCCACAAAUAUCCGUCAGGCUGUUGGCUCACAAGAUUCAGUCCCCUCAGGAAUGGGAGGCGAUACAAGCAUUAACGGUUCUUGAGGCUUGUAUGAAGAACUGUGGGCGAAGGUUUCACAAUGAAGUUGGGAAAUUUAGGUUUUUAAAUGAAUUGAUUAAGCUGGUUUCACCCAAAUACCUAGGAGAUAAAGUAUCAGAAAAGGUGAAGUCGAAAGUGAUCGAGAUGCUGUACAGCUGGACUGUGUCUCUGCCCGAAGAAGCAAAGAUCUGUGAAGCAUAUCAGAUGCUGAAGUCUCAGGGUAUUGUUUUAGCUGACCCAGAAAUCCCUCUUGAUGCCACAUUAAUACCGUCACCCUCUCCGCGACCCAAGAAUCCUGUGUUUGAUGAUGAGAAGAAGAGUAAGAGACUAGCAGAGCUGCUGAAGAGCAAAAAGCCUGAUGAUCUGCAAGAGGCCAAUCGGCUCAUCAAGAACAUGGUCAAGGAGGAUGAAGUGAGAACACAGAAAGCAACAAAGCAAAAAAGCACACUGGAGCAGGUCAACAACAAUGUCAAACUCCUAAACGAGAUGCUCGCUCACUUCAAUCCAGAAGACUCCACGGACGGAGACAAAGAGCUGAUUAGGGAGUUGUAUGGUGAUUGUGAUAAGCUUAGGCAAACUGUGGUUCAGCUCGCUACUGAGACUGAAGACAACGACAGCAGCUUGGGAGACAUCCUGCAGGCCAGUGAUGACCUCUCCCGUGUUAUUAACUCCUAUAAGAAGAUUGUGGAAGGACAGACCAUCAAUGGAGAGACUGAAGAAGCACAACAAACUCAAACAUCAGUCAGACAAGGCACCGGCCGCACAAACCAGUCAGAGAUUCUGAUUGACCUGGUGGGUCUGGACAUCCAGAGCCCCUCUCCGCCGGACCAGCAGCCCCCGGCACCUUCUCUGUCUUUUCCUGCUGACCUGCUGUGUGGGUCAGCUGCUGCUGAACCUCAGUCCCAGAGCCCCAGUGCACCCUCUGCAGCUCUCUCUCUGCUGGAUGAAGAGCUACUAUCCUUAGGCCUCAAUGAGCCCACUCCUGUUGAUUCCAGUCAGGAUUUGCAUCUUUUUGACACUACUUCGCCUACGGGUCCUACAUUUUCUUCAUCUUCACUUUUUCCAGAUGCUCUGCCUGCAACAGUAGCUCCACUUAACCCUACCAAGUCUUCUACAGCUGCCUCUGCCUUAACUUUCCCUGGCCCUGUCUUGGCACCUCCGGUUUUUACAGAAUCUAUCCCAACAACAUCAGUCAUAUUCCCACAGCCCCUUAGUACAGUAUUGACCGCCUCGGCCCCAUCUGCUCUUCCUCAGUCAUUCACUGUGGACUUGCCUGCUUCCUCAGCCACCCACGUCACCAUGUCACAACAGGUCUCCAGUCCACCUGGAGCUCCGCAUUCUUCCUCAACUUCUCUCAGUAACAAUCUGCAAGACCUUUCCUUGCUGGAUCUGGGCAGUCCUAAAAAUACACAUGGUGCAAUGGAUUUUGGCAGCUUGUUGGUCAAGAGUGAGGAUCUGUGCACUCCUGCUACCCUGUCCUCCAGCCUUGGCGUCUCCUCUACCACAUCCACCUCACUGCUCACAGGAGGGAUGCAGGGAGGCUCUGCUCUCCCACCCGCCAAGAGUCAAGCAGAUGACAGUCCUCUGUUACGCUCUCUGUCCCCCAUCCUCCCUCUGAGCCAGGCCAACCCAGGCAUGGGACAGGAAGUGUCCCUGGCCAAUGUCUUUGUCCCUUUGGAUGCCAUCAAGCCAAGUAAAGUGAGUCCUGUGACAGCAUAUGACAAAAACGGUGUCCGUGUUCUGCUGCAUUUUGCCACUGAUUGUCCACCAGGCAGGCCUGAUGUACUGGUGAUAGUGGCAUCCACGCUUAACACAGCCCCACUGCCUGUCAGGAACAUUGUUCUGCAGGCAGCUGUGCCCAAGACGAUGAAAGUAAGACUGCAGCCACCCUCAGGAACAGAGCUGGCUCCCUUCAACCCUAUCCUUCCCCCUGCUGCCAUCACUCAGGUCAUGUUGCUUGCCAAUCCUCUCAAGGAGAAGGUUCGGAUGAGAUACAAACUGACAUUCACACUGGGAGAGCAGCCGCUCACAGAGGUGGGGGAGGUGAAUGAGUUCCCGCCUGCUGACAGAUGGGGUGCUCUAUAGCCCUGUUUACCCUACUGAAGAUGGUUAGACACGGCUAGACCUCCAUAACAAUUUAGGUUGUUAGUGCAGCUCAGAAGUCAAAUGAAAGGGCAGUAUUGGAAGGCUUUUAGGGAAAAUUUGAAAAAUAUAACACAAACUUAAAUGGAGCUUGAAGGAGUUUUUCUGCUUGAGGUGUUCCCACUGAAGUAGCCAAAGUCCUGUAGCGUACAUCCAACUUAAACCUUUCUUCAGUGCCAGGGAUAGUCAGUGUGGUGCAAUAAUACAUGGUCUGAACUGGCUGAACAUGGAUGAUGGUUAUGUGGGAACAUAUUGCUAAGUUAUUAUUAAGUUGUUGCUAUUAUUGUACCCUUCUGCUCUUGUUUUAAUGUUAAUGUUUACUCCUGUCCCUCAGUCAUAUCACAACUGGAGAAUAUUUGCACUUUUGGAUGCCAGAUAGUCUUAAUACAGAGCAAAAACACAUGUUGAAGGAGAUUGUCGAGCCAGGGUCACAUGAACAUGUGAACACAGCCUGCAAUUCACAUGAUUUACCGCUGACAGUGUAGGAUAACAGUGUUUUACGCUGAAGAUAUUGGAAUUGAGUGGACAAGGGCCCCUCUGUUGCUAAAUAAAAGGCACUCAUAGAUUGGCUCAUUAGGAAUCAGUUACUCUCAGUUCACUGCUUCCAGUAUGGCUGGCAGUUACUACUGAAUACAUUGAGACAAACUCAUAGCUCAGACUCUUGCUGUAUGUUUUAGUCUUUCAGUAUUUAUUGUUACAGAUGUAUUAUUUAUUUUGGUUGGGGGAGGAAAGUGUCAAAUCUGUUAACUUACUUCUAUGAUAUCGCAAUUGACAACUGUAUUCCUUCUGCAUACUCUUCUUACGAUAGACACUUUAAGUAUUGCAGUCAAAAUGGCACAAAUCAGUAGUGGUAGUGUUUCCAAAUACUCAGACAAACAUUUUAUAAUAUGUUACAUUAUGUAGCAACAGUGAGUUAACUCUGGGUGGUAUUUUAAUAUAAAGCAGCCUUGUGUAAGAGAUAUUGGCUCCUUUUCCUUGGCAGGUACAACAUGAGCCAGUACGGGCAAGGAAAAACUACAUACAUUAAGUGGACAUUCUUAAGAAAGCGCACACCAGCCGAUAAUUAACCCUUGGGCAUAGAGAGGCAUAUUGUUCGAAAGUAAUUAAAUGCCAUGUAUAGCUUUGCCCUUACUCCUACUGUUACACCAUGUUGUGGAAACCAAGCUAAAGGAGGCAGGUUAUUUUUCCUGGGUCAGCUGUAAAUGUUUAGCUUUUGUGGGAGUUUCCUAUUAUCCAACUAGGAAAAUAUUUCUUUGAGUAAGCCUCGAGAAAAUAACACAGAUUGGAGGCCACAACAUUAAAACCUGUUGCUGGUUUUAAUGUUAUGGCUGAAUGGUGUGUACACAGUAUGGUGGUUAAUUCAAAGGCUUACAAUGUGUUCAUCUAAAACUGUGUCCUUUUUUCUGUACAGGAGAUUCUCUACAUAUUUCUUAUAAGAUAAAUUAUUUGUCUUAGAUCGUUAAAUGAACUUGUCAUGACAUAUUUUUUGAAAAACUAUUUCUGUGCAUGGGAAAAUAAAGAAUGAGAUGGGUC